GUAUAAAGGGAUAACCUUAGUAUAGUGGAAAGAGAGAAAUGUGGGGUGUUAAAUUAUAAUGGCUUGAUACCUUUGACACCCAUACCAAGAGGGAAGGGCGAGACAAUGCGAGUGGAAACCUUUCUGAGGACUACUAGACAUGAGGGACAACAGGGAACCACUAGGGAGAGCAGGACUUAUAUUUUCGAUGGAGGGAGUGUAAAGAUGUUCAUGGUCAAUUUUGAGGCUUAUGCCUAUUACUACGGUGGGGGUGUGGCCAGGAUGCUGAGAGAGGUACGAGACAGUGGUGAAUGAGCCGAGAUGAUUACCAGGUUUGUCAGGGAACCAUUUACUUGACAGGAGUUUGAGAGGAAGAUGAAGGGGGUGCAUCCAUCACCUAUGGCGAGAUACGGGUUGCCUAUUCGCUUUGACUCCUCCAACUUGGAAGAGUUCCUCUGGGCUUAUGAUCUAUUUGCAGACGAGCAGAACAUUUUGGCCGAGUCCAGAGUUUGAGGAUUCAUUCAGUUCUUGAGAAAAAUCAUUUCAUUUUUGUCAUGACAAUCGUGAAACGAGUCACAAACCGGGGUGAUUGCAAACGAUUGAUGAGAAACUGGUAUACUCCUAAGCGCCAAACAGAAAACAGGAGAUAGAAAAGAAGAGGAGAGAGCCGAGAGAAGCAGAGGGACGAGCAGUGGGACAUGAUACGCCCCAUGGAACGAGAGGAGAGGGAAAAAGAAAGAAAAUGCACACGACUAAUAAGCAUAAGAAAAACGAAGAACAAAUGACUGAAAGAGCACAGAGGGGAGGACGCUCAGGUGAUCCAUCGUCAUUUCCAGAGCAUGUUCAGAUACCUAAUCACUAUCCUAAGCCAGAGAGAGAGUCUGAUCUGCCUCAUGAGCCAUUAGUACGAGACCAACAAAAAGAGAAAGAAAUAGAUAAGAUUGAGAGAGUUGCAAGAGAGAAGGAGAUUAAAAUCCAACUUAGGUUGAAGAACCCAGUGGAGAUGACAGACAAGAUGCAGCAGGGGAAGUGGCCAGUGGAAGUGGAGGGCAAGAAGACUGUCCAGAAGGACGAUCCUCCCCUACUCAUAGAGGCUUGAGAAAGUUUUGAGAGACUGUUGGAGGUUGCAGGUAAACCUACAGGGCAACAUCAUGAGAUGGGGGUUAAGCUACUCUCCAUAGAUAUGCUGAGCCCGAAGGACCUUCUGAAGGAAGGUUUUGGAACAGCAAAGACCUCAGUUGAGAAGAUUAGAAAAAGGAUGACGAAGGUCGCACAAGCUUCCUAUGGUCAGAAGGUGGAUUGGGAAAGAGAAAUCGGCGCCUGAAGAAAAAAAUGGAGAGGCAAGGAAAAGAGGUAGAGACCUUGAAAACAGAAAUGAUGGAUAUCUGCGCAGAGAAUGAAACUCUGAAGUUGCUGAACCAGACCCUCAACAAAAUUAACGAGGUGUUGAGGAUGCACAUCCAGACCCAAAAGGCUUCAUUCCAGGCAAAGGAGGCUGAAUGGGAAAGGAGGUUGAAGGACAUGGAGUCCAAGAUUAAACAACAAAUUCCUACUGUGGUGGUGGACUGGACAGAGGUGCAGAGGUAUGGGAUCAAAGGACAACCUGCUAAGGAACUCUUCAACCGCAAGAAGAGGGACGAAGGAGUUGAACAACAAAAGGAAGAGUAAAUUCCUUUACUGGAUAAGGUCAUGAUGAAACCUGAUGAAGUACUGACAAAGAAAAUAUAUGACGUUGGACAGUUUGAGUGGCAAGCUCCCGUUUUUGCAGCAGGCCAGCAGGUGCCCAUGGUGGGGGAUGUAAGGCAGCCACACUAUCCUGCUGAGGCGAGGGAUAUGUUACCCCCAUCAUGGCAGCGAGUGUAGGUAUGUGGGUAUGCAGGAGAUCCAGCGGGACAUGGAUCAGGCCGUGAUUGAGGCAGAAGGGAACAAAGAGUUGGAGGAUUGUCAAGAAUCAGUCACUCCAUAACGUAUGUCACUGAUCGCAGGACAGGAGGAUGCUACGGGCUCUGGGCUAGAGGGACGAGUCGAUGCGCGGUUGGCACAGUUAGAAGACAAAGGUCCCUAUCCUUCUACUUCUAAGGCUCCUCAGCAGGAGGUCACAAGCGUGGCUACAACAACCCCCUUGUCUAUUCCAUCACAUGAAGAAGAUAAGACAAACCAAAAGAACAUUGAGAAGUGUUUCUAUUGUAAGAGGGACGAAUGUCGCUCUGUUUAGUGUCCCAAGAGCCUUAAAGCUGAGGCAAAUGACUUGAUCACAAGGAAAUCAUCAGGGGUAUGGAGAGACCGAAAUUGAGUUUUAGUGCCUAAGACUCGUGAUGAGGUGAGAGCACAAAUGUAUAGGCAAUUACAAAAUGUCAUGAGUGACUAGUAGUAGUGUUUUCUAACAGGGUCCGGAAAUGUCUAGAGCUAUGAUAUAUGAGAAAUUUGACACUCAAUCCUGAUGGAUGACUGUAUAUAGAGGAGCACAUGAAGGAAUCCGAUUGGAUGAGUUGGAUGAGACUCAUAUACAUCAGUGAUUGAGUAUGCGAGUCACAAGAAACUUUCAGUCCUAGAUGUAUAUAGAAAUAACACUGAAAGUAACCUUCAC